UCCAAGAAGAAGAAGAAGAAGGCAUUGUGGAACAUGACAACCUAUGGCACAAUCCCAACAACUUCGUCAUCACCACCUUCAACCCCAAACCUCGUUUACAUCUCGCGUGUCAAGAACAAGGUCAGGGCAGGCCUAGGAACUCGUCAGCCAUGGAAGACCAUGUUGGAUCCACGAUCCUUUGGAAUCCCCAUCACUCUAUCUCAAGCAAUGUCUCGUGUUCGAAUCAACGUCCCUUACUUUCGCGUGAACUAUGCCAUGGUGGCACUUCUAAUCUUAUUCCUUAGUCUUUUGUGGCACCCCAUUUCAUUAAUUGUUUUCCUUCUCUUAAUGGCUCUGUGGCUCUUCCUCUAUUUUCUUCGUGACCAACCACUUUUACUUUAUGGUCACGUCAUUGACGACCGCAUUAUAGUGGUCGUCAUGACUAUAUUCACCUUGGCAGUACUGUUGUUAACAGAUGCCACGGUGAAUAUAUUGGUGGCGGUUGCCGUGGGAGUGGUGGUUGUGGUGGCCCACGCUGUGUUUCGAAAGACUGAGGAUCUGUUCUUGGAUGAAGAAGUUACUGGGCUAGUUCACAAUGGUGGUGCUGCAGCUUAGUGAUGAUUCAUGUUUUUCUUUCUCCUUUUUUAAUUUAUUUUUAUUGUGAUUUCUAAUUUGCUAAUCUUAUUUGGUGAGUUAUUAGUAAAAAUAAAUUAUUAGACUUGGGUUUACUUUUGUGGUUUAUGUAUGAUUUUUUUUUUCUGAGAUA